GGAGGGAGCGCGGGGGGGGUGGUGGUGGUGGUGGUGGUGGUGGCGGCGGCGGCGGGGGCCGCGCCGCGCCGCGCCAUGGCCCAGCAGCAGAUGAGCAGCUCGCAGAAGGCGCUGAUGCUGGAGCUGAAGUCGCUGCAGGAGGAGCCGGUGGAGGGCUUCCGCAUCACCCUGGUCGACGAGUCCGACCUCUACAACUGGGAGGUGGCGAUCUUCGGGCCCCCCAACACCCUCUACGAGGGCGGGUACUUCAAGGCUCACAUUAAAUUUCCUAUCGACUAUCCAUAUUCACCACCUACCUUCAGAUUCCUGACCAAAAUGUGGCACCCCAACAUUUAUGAGAAUGGAGAUGUAUGUAUUUCAAUUCUUCACCCACCUGUAGAUGACCCACAAAGUGGAGAGCUGCCGUCUGAGAGGUGGAACCCUACCCAAAAUGUCAGGACUAUCUUACUGAGUGUAAUCUCUCUGCUUAAUGAGCCCAACACGUUCUCUCCUGCCAACGUGGAUGCAUCAGUCAUGUUCAGGAAAUGGAGGGACAGUAAAGGAAAAGACAAGGAGUAUGCUGAAAUCAUAAGGAAACAGGUUUUGGCUACCAAAGCUGAGGCAGAGAAGGAUGGCGUGAAGGUCCCCACUACGCUGGCAGAGUAUUGCAUCAAAACUAAAGUGCCUUCCAAUGACAACAGUUCAGAUUUGCUUUAUGACGACUUGUAUGAUGACGACAUUGAUGACGAAGAUGAGGAGGAGGAGGAUGCCGACUGUUACGAUGAUGAUGACUCUGGCAAUGAGGAGUCGUGACCUGCUCCCUCUAUGCCCCUGUACUGCCCUGCCGACUCAGGCCAGAAGGGAGCAGCGGUAACCUAGCAGCAGUCCAGCAAAAAAGUGUGUGGGGGGGGGGAUCAAAAAAAAAACUGUCUCCUGCUGUCUCCUGUUGUAUGGAUCUGUUUGCUCCUUUUUUAUGGACCUCUUAGAGACCCUCCACAGAAUGUCUGAAUUCUUGCAUUCUUAACCCUUUCAUCACUGUAUUAUGAUUUCUUUUUAAAAAAGAAACUCCCCUUUUCACUUCUCUACAAAACGCUCACAGCGAAACAGGUUUGCUCGCGUUUAGAUUCUUGAAUUAAAUACAGUCUUGCAUUGAGAUGUUUAAUGUAUUUAAAGCUGGAACAAACCCAUUGGAAGCUGGGUUUUCAGGAGCUCAAGUGCUGCAUUUACUGGAAAGAAAAAAAAUCCACACAAAGCAAAUUGCCAAGGUUUAGCUGCUCCAUUUACAAUAAUAGCGUGUGUACAUUCGUUUAGCCUUGUGGUGGUGGCUUUUCCUUUAUAAGGUGUGGGGUGGAGAGUGUAAAGCUACUGUGUGUUGAGCUUGAUGGGAUGUUACUGAAAGGUACAGUAUUCCUUUUCAGCCUGCUCAAGUUAGGAAAUAGCUGGCCCCUGGAGCCCCAGAGGGCACAGUCAGCUUUGUCUCUGAAAAAGGCUUGUGAUAUGAACCCUAAAAUAAACACUUACACUUCACAUCUGUACAACUGAGCCCUGGGUUGCUAUUUAUUUUUUAUUUUCAGACUAAGUUGAGGUUGAAAAAGUUCAGUGUAGCCAUGCUGCUGAGAUCUGCUGCCAGCUGCCCUUCUCUGGAGGGAGGAGAACAGACAUGCAUCCUGCUGCCCAGCAGGCCAGCGUUCAUCCUGAACUUGUUUUUGGCAGUGGGAGACACCGAUAGCCUCCUGCCCCAGUGCUCACUAGCAGCCCUUGCUUCUGGCAGCCCAUGUCCAGUGCUGGCCUGAGGCUUGUUUCUGUUGCUUAUGUAGGUCAUACAUUGGUAAAUGCAGCUCUGCGGGGUCGGCAGAAGUCAUUGCUCCCUUUGGUGCCUGUCUGGGGUGGCCAGGCUGUCCCUGUGCCUGUAGUGGUGGCUGGGGCAGAGGGGAUGCAUGUGUGCUGGGCUCCCCCCUGCCUGGGGCAUGGGUGAGUGGGUGCAGCCCCAAAGGAGAGGGGUACAUGGUGCUUUCAGGCUGGAAGAGGCAGCCUGGGGCAAGGUUUGACAGGCUAUUUAGCAUCACACUUCAGCUGGUGCACUGAGCUCAGCCUCCUGCAUGUUUUUGGGAGCUCUUGGCAGAGCUUAGGGCCCUCUCUUGUGGGCAGGGGGGGAUCCUGCAUGCUUGUCUCUGCAGCACCCUCUUCCUUGGUCCCUCAGCACCCUCACCCCAUUGCAGUGUGCUCUUGUUCAGCUGUGGUGCAGUGGCCUGAAUUCACCUUUUGCAUAAUCCCUUGAUCAGCAGCCACCCUGCCCUCCUGUGCUGAGCCCUGGCACCUCCAGGAGCAGAUGUGAGGCACUGGCCUGGCUUGGGUGAGACCCUCCAUUCCCAUAGGCACAGAGGCAGUUACCCUGAUAAGAGCUGCAGGCUUGGGCAUUCGCUUAUGCCUCCCCUUUGUGCAUCUCAGGGUUUUCAAUGGUACAUCAUCAGCUGUGGUCCCUGGGAGGUGCUUUGGUGCGGUAAACUUUGUUCUGUGAUCAGCUUGGGAUCUGUGUCCAGAGGCAAGGAGCAGGAUCAGAGUGAGCAAGCUCAAAGUGUACUGCCUGGAGGGAGAGGAGGGGAAGGCAGCCCUUGGGGAGGGGAGGGUGGCUGGUGGGGGUUCCAUUUGGAGGGAGCAAGGCAGAUAUGUUUUCAAAAUGUUGCUGGUUGGGAUUUUCAGCAGCAAGGACAGUCCCUGCUCCUCUGCCCCAGGCUGUGCGGGUGGUGCAGCUCCCUGCAGAGCAAAGGCAGCCCAAGUGGCGAUACAUUGCCCCGGUGUUCCCCAUGACGGUCAGCCCUCCUGCUUGCAUGUUACCUCCCAAACUGUCCCACAUGGACUGCUUCCACUUGUCCUUCCAGCAGACUGACUCAGCCCCUGGUGUUUUUUGGAGCCAGUGGUGGGGCUCCCCUGCAUCUAGUGAUGGUGUAGGGCAACCCUAGCUUCACUCUAGCCCUGUGAGGGGCAGCAGUGGUGCUGGCAAAUGGGAUGGGGACACCAGCCCCCAGCUUUUGGGGGGCUACUGGAGGGUGAAGGACUGGAGUAUGGCAAUGCUUGCUGUGCAGAUGACUUGGUUUGAAAUGAGGAUACUGCAUCUUUCAGGAUUCCCCUUGUACUUUUGACCGUCUUCACUGUAUACUCUCCAGUGACUUGUAUUUUCAAGCUUGGUGUUGUAAGAUGCAUUAUCAUGACUCUUCUGUUACCCUUUUUUUAAAGACCAAAAAAAAAAAAAACCAAA